AAGCGAUACUUUGAUAGCAUCGGAUAUCUUUCGCAUGAGGCUCAAGAGAGAGGACAUGUGUACUUACUAGGCGGCAGAGAAAAAUGCUCACUGAGAGAUUUCUGGAAAUAUAAUGUGGUGUGUAAUGAGUGGGUCGAGCUUCCAUGUAGUAAUAGUGAAGAGGCACCUGAAGAACUGGAGGAACAUACCAUGGUAGCAUAUCAGGGAUUUCUCUAUGUCUUUGGAGGAAUGCAAGAUUCAGCAUAUUCUAACUCAAAAAUACCUCUUUGGGUGUUUGAUACAGUUAAAGAGCACUGGAUUAACUGGGAAACAGGGAGUGAAACUGUACAGGAAGUGACACCAGCAAACAGAAAGGGGCAUAGUGCAGUCACCUUUGGGUCAUCUAUGUAUGUCUUUGGUGGAUACAUUGAUAUAAGAGGAUCGAUAAAAGAAUUUUGGAAAUAUGAUUUCGAUUCCAGGGUGUGGUCGCUAAUAAGCAAUGUUCAAGGUGGUCCUGGUCCCAGACAUGGUCACUCAGCAAUGACACACCAGGACUGCAUGUACCUCUAUGGUGGCCUGCAGGGCUUGAGAGAACAGAAGGACCUGUGGAGAUGGAGUUCUGCUAGUCAAAACUGGAGCUGCAUCAAGUUCCAUUCAGGUCCAUCGAAGUUGGUUGGCCACUCUGCUGUGCCAUAUAAAGAUAGCAUGCUCAUCUUUGGUGGAGGAGAAACCCAGGGUACCCCUCAGAACAGUUUAUGGAGUUUCAACCUGAAAACAAAUACCUGGAAGAAGCUGCCAUUGUUGCAUGAAUCCACCUCUCCAUGCCGGAUCUAUCACUGCAGCAUUGGCCUAGGCCUUAGUUUCCAGCCCACAGCACCAAACAGCAUCCCCUGCAAGGAAAUAUCCAACUCUCACAACAUCACUAACAAGCUGAGACCCUUUAAGAACAAGUGCUUACCAUCCCACUCCACACUGCAAGACAACUGUUUUGAGCUCCAGACUCUCCGAGCAGACGAUAGGAAGUUUUUUCCAGAUUUUAGUUUUGCACUAAAAGAAGCAAAGCCUGAAGGGAGCUGUCUCACCUUUCAGAACCAGGAGGCUGUUAGUGAGAAGUGGAAUAGAGGUGACAUGACAGACGAAACCGACGACACCAUGUUUCUCCAUACGCCUGACUUGCUUUUAGUCCUGGGGGGUAAACCUCUACAAGGACAGCAUGUUAUUUCAGUGUGGCAUAUGACAGUGGCAUGAAUCUGAAAGAUUAGGGCUUUUGUUUUUUUCAGAGCAUCAUACUUUCUCUGUGAGAAAUGAAAGAACACAACAAUACCCACAUCCUGUGGCAGAAUGGUUGCAUUCAAAUUGAAUUCAGCUUUGUGCAAACUCUAUACAGUGUCUGUAAUUACUACCUUAAACCACAUUUUUAUACACAUAAAUAAAACAAAUAAAAACUCAUACAGGAAAUUUUAUUUGUAAUUGAAAUGACAUAUUUCACAGUUAACUUAUUCCAGUGAGGCUUCUAUUUUUUUCAAGAAUUUGUAUAUUUUCUCUGUAAGAGCAGUAUUUCAAAAAUGUUGGUUUAUCCUUAUUAUUUUACUGUGUAUCAAAGUCUAAUAUUAAAGGGUCAUUAUUAUAAGUGUAUUACAGGUGAGAAGUACAUGUUUGUUUGUUGUUUUAUUUUUAUUUAUUAAUUUGUUUAGGGACAAUUUACAAUAUAUACUGUAUAUUGCGUCAGUAAAUUUCAACCGUUGUCCCUUGGCAGCAGUUAUAGUACUGCCCUGGAAAACACUGUGUAUUCACAAUUGAACAUUCAAAAAUAAUAAUUAAUAUUAUUAACCUACACAUUAUUAUACAAGACACUGAAAUAAAUAAAUGAUCAUUCUAAAUAAUAGUACCCCAUAUGCACAUAGCAUGUCACAUUUUCACAUGACAUGUUUUCUUUCAGCUAUUUUUAACACCUAAUUAAAACUAUUUUAAGCACUACACUCUCUAAUAGUUCUCGGCAGGGUAUUCCAAUAUUCUAUUGUUUUAACUGAAAAGACUGAUCAACCAAAUUGUGUUGAUCUAUAUUUAAUGUAAAAGUCACCUCUAUAAAAGGAUCUAGUCAACACUGUAGCAACAGUGAUGUGAUUCCAAUUGUUUAAGAGGUGGUGGGGCAAGACCAUGUAAAAUCUUAUAUAAUAACAUUUUCAUACAUGGUAGAAAACAAUCCAGACAGUGUCACAUUUUGUAAUACACAUAACAAUUUUAAUCGCACUAACAUCUAUGCUUACUACGUUUUUUAUUUUUUUAUUUUUUUAUUGAGUUUAUUACUGCCACCAACAUGUAAUAUUAUCAACUUAAUUCUAGACUGAAAAAAUCUUAAUUGGAAUCUGUAGGCUAACCAAAUAUUAAGUUUUGACCAUAAUCUUAGUAUAUUUGAUCGUGAAUACAUUAAUUGGAUAAUUAACUUAUCUUCAUAUUAAAUCAGUCCAAAGUUCUGGAUCAGCUGACAUCCAGAUAAAGAUAAUGUAACUGUGUUAAAUGUGAGAGAGAAUUUUGUUUGGUAAGAUUUCAGUGGAAUAAAUAUGUGCAAAUAAAUCACUGUGAUUUUUAUUAAAAAAGAACCAGACAUUACAACAAUU